GACUGGGAUUGCGCGGUGUAAAUUUUCUCAUCAAUAAUUAACAUCUUUUUUUUUUAAGAAGAACAAAGUACUAAACAUCACAGUAAUUAGAUUGAUACAUGAUUUUAUUCGGUUAGGGGAGAUAUGUCACUGAUCAGAACAGUAUGGGAGUGCGCUUUCAGUCCGAAAUUGUACAAAAUACAAGAGACAACAUGGAAAUCUUACGAGCCAAAUAGUUUUGAGAGAUGGGGCGAUCACGUUAUUACAUCCUUCGCAGCAAUAUGGUCAAUCAGCCUAUAUGCGAUGCCUUUAAUUGCAACGUUUAUGUAUCGUCGGAGCUAUUCGCUGACGGAAAAUGCCCAUUCUCUAACGAAAUUCGUAGCUGGUGCCGGUUUUAUUCUGAUUGCAUCGCUGGCAGUGAGAGGCUAUGCACGAGCUAAUAAUCCUACUUAUGCGAAGUUCAUCAAGACUUUGAAUAAAGCCAAAACGUUUUACAAUUACGAGUCCAAGCAGGAUCUCUUGAAGUACGAUUUUGAGUUCUGGGCUUGGCCAACUGAUUUUAAAGUUAGUUCGAUAGAUCGUCCUGAUGGCAAGAAAAGAAUAAUCGUGACAACUUCGAGCAGAUUAGCGAGAAGAGGCGGUAAAGAUUUGAUACUAGCUGGGCCUUGCAAAAUAAUCUCUUACGUAGUUGCCCAUACAAUUGCACUCAAACUCAUGUACCCUGGAAGUAUGACACUAAUUAAUAUGGCUCUGAAAUCAGCGAUGAUCCAAGGGAGAACGGAUUUAAUUGAUUUGGGAGGGCAGAGAUCUAAAAUUCUUACUUUUGAUAAUCUCGAGAUUGAUGCUAUGUUCGUUGAUAGACGGAAUAGAAUGGGAAAUGGAAAUAUUCUUGUUAUUACGUGCGAGGGAAAUUGUGGAUUUUACGAGACCGGCAUUAUGGCAACACCUCUCAAUAAAGGGUAUUCAGUGUUGGGGUGGAAUCAUCCAGGAUUUGGAGGGAGUACGGGAUCCCCAUAUCCUCCAUCUGAAAUAGAUGCUAUCGAUGCUGUGAUGAGAUUUGCGAAGGAGAAAUUAUUGUUUCCUGAGGAUCGAAUUAUUUUAUACGGAUGGAGCAUUGGAGGAUUCACCGCCACGUGGGCAGCUAUGAAUUACCCUGAAAUCCAUGGUUUAGUUCUCGAUGCCACUUUCGAUGACGUUCUGCCUCUCGCAACGUCGAGAAUGCCUGCGACUAUUGACAGUAUUGUACGAAACGUUAUCAGGGAGUAUUUGAAUCUCAAUGUCGCUGAGCAAUUGAAACGGUAUAACCGUCGUGUUUUAUUGGUGAGACGCACAGAUGACGAGAUAAUGUGCACUCCCACGAGUAAUCUCACUCACAAUCGUGCAAAUACGUUGUUAACUAAAUUAUUACUCCAUCGUUACCCACAUUUGUUUGUUGAAAAUCGUGGAAGUCUCGAUGUUCUCACACAAUAUUUGGCGAAUCCUACUCAUGAUACCAGUGGAAAUACCACGAGGUCACUUGUUGCUAGGACACAGAAUUUAUUCGGGACUGGUAGUUCGAUUAAUGAGAGCCUCUGUGUAGAAGUUAUUAGGGAAGAUAUUGAAAAGAAUAAGGGGGAAAUUAAAUAUCCAUCAAAUUUGGGACAAGACUGUGAUACAUUGACUAGGCAGCAACUUGUUAUUUAUCUCGCAAAUAAAUAUAUGGAGGAUCAAGCCUCUCAGCAUUGUGCACCUUUAGUGGUUGAAUUAUUCCACCCAGGAUGGGAUCCAAAAACACUUCAUUUAAAAACGACGUAAUGAAAGAUUCAUGAUUUUGAAAAAUGUCAUUAUGCAGAAGGAAAUGAUCUUCAAAAAAAUUGUGCACUUUGAAUGCGUAUGUGGAUGCUGCAAGUGUGAUAAUGAGGCAUUUAAAAACUUCCAGAAUAUGAAUUACACCCACGAUCCAUGGAUCAAGAUCAAAAUUCGCCUUUAAUGUUUUUCUUCUUUCUUUCGAUUAUUUUGAGACUCAGAGAAAGAAUAACCCAAAUAAUGUGGAUGCAAACGUUUUUAUAUUAAAAUAUUAAAAACAGAAAAUUACGAA